CCUGAAUGCGUCUCAGCAUUACGUAUUGCCAUUAGCGGAAGGUAUGUUCCAUAUUAGCUAAAGAACAACAAAGCACUUGAAUAUCAGCGUAGAGUUGUAAUAUGUUUUGUGCUUGUGCUGCUGAAAACAAAUACAAUCAAUAAAGUAAGCUCAUUCUUUAGUGGCGGAAACUUCAGGCUCUUUUCGGCGCGCUGUAAGUGCCGCAGGCGGUCAGCGGGCGUCAUCGUUCCUCUGUUGUUGUGGCGGCGCAAACCGGGGAAGCGACCAAUGAGUCAGCUGCUGAUGGGGGGUUAAUUUUACCUAACGAAACCUAUAUAUAUAUCGAUAACAGCCCACUGAAAACAUCUACAACUGACAUCUGCUUGCAUUGACGACGUUUUUCGAGGUGAGAAUGGCAGUUCCGGUAGCUGCAUUACCACUGAGCACAUCUUCCAACCCGGGUCUCCUGGAGCACAACAUUCACAUCAGCGACAGAGAUUUGGAGAGGAUUGCAAGUGACAAUGAAAACGACACUCUGCCUUUACAUUCACCGUGGACUUUCUGGCUUGAUAGAUCUCUGCCUGGGACUACAGCAGCUGAAUGCGAGUCAAACCUAAAGAAAAUCUACACAGUGGAGACUGUCCAGAACUUUUGGAGAGUUUACAACAACAUACCCGGCGUCUCCAGCCUGCCGCUGAGAUGUAGCUAUCACCUGAUGAGAGGAGAGAGAAAGCCUCUCUGGGAAGAAGAGAGCAAUGCUAAAGGUGGUGUUUGGAAAAUGAAAGUGCCCAAAGAAUCCACAUCUGCUGUGUGGAAGGAGUUGCUGUUGGCGACGAUUGGAGAACAAUUCAGUGAUUAUUGUGCCUCAGAUGAUGAAGUGGUCGGCGUGAGCGUCAGUGUAAGAGACAGAGAAGAUGUCUUUCAAGUGUGGAACGGAAACGCAUCCUGUGCUACUGAAUCAAACAUCUUAGGGAGGAUCAAUGAGCUCCUUCCACAAAUACCCUUUAAAGCUGUGUUUUACAAACCACAUGAGGAGCACCAUGCAUUUGAGGGAGGUCGAUCAAGACAUUAGCACGCCCCCCACAUCAGAAUCCUUUAGAUGUACAUGUUAAUUGCUCAUUUUGGAUAAUGUUUUGGCAUAUUUGAUGCGGUUGAGUUAAUAGUUGCUUUAUGUGUCAUCUUAAUUACCUCAAAAUGUAGCCAAUGUAUCAUGAAUCUUAGUCAGUGGGAUUUCCCUUCUUUGAGCACUGCUGUCAUCUAUCACGAUAUGUUUAAUGCUUUUAUUUUCCUUAUAAGGUAAAACCGUACAAGUUUGAUUUUAUCUAUGGCAGUGUUUGUAUGUUUUUAUACUGAAAAGUUUUGCAAAACCAAAAACGGCAGAUCAUGUACAGUAAGGUUUUUUUUAGAUGUAUUAUAACAUAUUUUGGCUAGCUUCCUGAGCACAGGCAUAGUUUGGUCUUCAGAUGAAAUCCAGUUUUUGGAUCAAGGAGGAGGCAACGUUCCACAAAGCGAACCUGUAUCUUCACUAUACAUAGCGCUUUUUUCUAGUCACCUCUCUUCUGUGUUUUGUAUGUUACAGCCAAAACACUGCUGCCUAUAAUAGACAACAUAAAUGUUUAGUAUGCUGUCAUGCUAGUAUUUGAGCAGAAAAUUGCACAUUUGUUUUAUAUUCCUUUCUUUCGGAUAUGAGUGCAUUGUGAGAAAAGCUAUGUUCACAUGACAACAGAAAGACCGCAGUGCACACACAAAAAAAAUCAAAGGUAGAUGCUGAGAAAUAUAUGCAAUCAUUUUUACUCUGUAAAGUGUGUAGUGUCAUGGUUGUCAUUUGUUUAAGCUCUGCCCUAAAUCAAGCACUUUGUUUUCUUACAGUUUGUGUAAGUCAUCAGAUAGUCCUACCAGGAUUUUAUAUGGAGUUAUGAGGACUGAGACCAAAUCUAGUUUGGUUUUAAGUCACAUGUUUUCGAUAGAAUUAACUGUUUCUGUUCACAUAGCUGAAGUGUAGGUGACGAGGUUCAAAUUCUAUGUUUUUUUAAAUGUAUUCAAUUAACUUGUGUUCAAAUUAAAUUUGUGACACCCACCAUUUGUUGAAAAUACAGACCAAUGGAGGAAUUAUGAAAAUCAAAGCCCUCCAAAAAGUCACAUUACUAAUUCAGUGUGAUUCAAAUCCAACUUUGAAGUUGUUGCACUUCAUUCAAAAUACAUGUAUCAAGAAUUAAGAAAUGAGCCAUUUUACAUCUCACCUAUGGCACUUUUAUAGUCAGUUUGAGUAAGUGUAAAGCAGAGCAGAUUAUCUUGAAUACGAGCAGCAUUAUACUUAGUCCUCAUGUCUUUUCUUUGUAGUUAUUAACUAUACUUGGUAACCCACAGCAAGCCUAUUUAUGCUUUAGCGGAUUCACAGGAUGACUUGCUGAAAUUUCUGAAUUUUAACCUUUUAUGUUCUGUUUAUCGUGUAACAAGCACAUUCUGUUGAGUAACAGAAUCUCAAUACUUUUUACCAUUGCACAUAAAAAGUUGACCGCUAACUUCAGAUCCCAGACUUUGUAUCUGAUUGUUGAUCUUGGAUGGUGCCUUGUGUUCACCAGCAGUUUAGAAUGUCCCCUCUGUUCAGCAUGUUGGACUUGUAAAUACUCAUGUUUAUUAGUUUUACACAUGUUUGAGAAAUAAAGACACUUAAACUUUCA